CGGCUUAUUCUAACUUUACUACAUGGAGGAAAUAACGACGACACGACAGGAGGAGAAACCGGAGCUUCACAAAAGGCAAUCAGGAUGGUCUAUACCGCGGCUCUGCUCUCUGGAAACCCGGGGCUUCCCGUCCUGUCGGAGGAGGAAAGCGUCUUAGAGAUGAUAGGAAAAUAUUUCCUCCAGCUCACAUCCCCGGGGAGAGGCACGAACUCUGCCCGGCGGGGCAGCGUCGAGAGCUGCGACGACAGGGAGAACUCACCUGUUGCCCACAUGGACGCUGGUGAGGAGCAUGAGGAGCAGCUCCUGGAGCAGGUUGUGACCCGGCACAUAGAACUCUGUCUCACAGAAGCCAAAGCCUCCACCCUCCACUGCCAGGUGCUGCUGCUGCCAUGUCACAUGACGGCCCGGGUAGGGCAGGACGUGGUGCGCUCCUCCGCUGAUGAGCCCUGCGGCCUCCGGGGCGCCUCCAUCAAGGUCUACGUUGAGGGCAAAGAAGGAUUAAAGCCUGUCGGGAGCUUCUCGAUCGACCCCAGUGUCACGCCGACCUUUGAACUGUCGGUGAUACUCAGAGCAGAUCAGAACGACGGCUGGCCGGCGCUCAAACACAUAUUUGAGACGGACAAGGUGCUGAAGCUGAGACCAGAGUACCGGCUGGUGAAGAGGAAGCUGUACUCCUCAGCCAGCCCUGUGAUCCAUGAUUUCUACUGAGAGGGAAAUGGUAACCCUUGUUUCACUGUUUACAUCGUUUUUUGUUUGAAUGUUCAUUUGAUCUUAAAUGGCAGGCGAUAUGCACAAGGUUUGGCCUAGACUGCACUCAAACAUGUCUGAGUUGCACUGUUUUAUUUUAGUUAUGGCUGCAACUAACUGUUGUUUUCACUAUCAAGGAAUCUGCAGAAUAUUUUUGGGAGUUUUAGCAAUUCCAAAACAUUGAAUUUGAUUAAAACACAGAAGAUAAGGUCAUCUCCAUUGAGACGGAGAAAACUACUAUUUCUUGCUACUUGCACUUUUACUCUCACUUUUCAUAAACGCUGCUCAAUAUUUUUUCUGUCAACGGAGUAGUCGACCAAUCGUAGCAGCUGUAAGGAAGUGGAUUGUUUUUUGUUUUGUUUGAAUGUCUAACUUUGAACCUGAGGUCAUACUGCGUGUUGCCAAUAUAAAUACAGUAUUCUGCACAGAAUUGUUGAUUGUUAAAGUGAACACUGUAAACAGAUGGAAGGAUUGGGCAGGUCUCACUCCUGGAAUGUGCUGUACUUUUGUUAUUUAUGCAAUUGUGAAAUACAUUUUUUUACACUAUUA